UGGUAUGCCAGUGAGAAGUGGAAAUCUCAGGGCUUGAUUCUUAAAUCACAAGGCAUUACUUUGGGUUAGUCGCUUGGAGUAUUCCCUGCCCCCUGAAACCUUGUGGGUACAGGAAGUUGAGAAACAAAUGCCUUUGCUGCUUCCUGGCCUCUUACAGUUCCCCUGGGUCCUAGUCAAGGCAUGUGGCUUCCAGUAGCAGCCUAGCCUGCAAUCCCAUUCUGGACAAGUACAAGAGAUGCUUUACCUGGGACACGAGUCUCUUUGGAGAGAAUAGGAUUCAGAAACCCAUCGAAGAGAGUGGAUGAAUUGAUGGAGUGACUGCCCAUUUCCUCCUCCUCCCCUUCUGGGCCAGAGCUCCAAAGUGCCCUCUAGCUUUGAUGACGUUAGGGACCAAACGAUGCAGUUUAGCAUCAGUGGAGAGAGUUGUGGGUCAUCACAGGUCCAAAGUGAAAAUUCACAAACCCAAAAAGUUUGGAUGGCAAAAGAGAAGUUUUAUUGGCACUGAGAAGCCAGCUUUUCCUAGGAAGACUGACUUCAGAGUGACAAAGUCCUGGCAGAGAGAGAAAGGUCCUAGCAGAGAAAUCCUGGCAGAGAGAUAACAAAAAAUUUAUCACUGAGAAGAAAAUGUUUCUCCACAGUGGGCAAGGGUCCUGAUAGGUAGCUGUGCCAAACGGAGAGAGGUCCCUUGGCAUGGCAUGAUUCCUACUUCAGGUUUCUCCAAAGAAAUGAGCCCCAAAUUGCUCUUUAAAAGGAAACCAGAAGCUGUAGUUUCAACUGAAUGAAAUUACAUCAAUUUUCAAUUGAAUAAGAUCACUUAAAUUGGAGCUAAGAAGGAGUGGUCCUGGACUAAUUUUCAGCUCAAUAGAGGGUGCAGCUACUCAAUAGAAAUAUCAGGGCCAGAUCUUCAGCUAAAUGAGCCCACUUAAGUUCCAGCUAAGAGUGGUCCUGGGCCAAUCUUAAUUAAACCACUUAACUGCCCCGAAGGGUGAGUUCCUAUCAGGAGAGUUUCAGGGCUCAUCCCAAAAAUCAAGGACAGUUUCAGGGUUCACCCUUCUUCAGCUUUGCUUGUUUCCUAGCUCUCGGAGGUUACUUGGUGAGUGCCGGCCAGCGGCGUUCACCAAAGCUUUAGCUGAUAGGGUGACUCACCAGUGAGCAUGCACCAACUGGCCUCGUGGAGAGUAUGGUGGGCUUUGAGGGAUGUGGAGAUUACAGCAGGAAACCGAACAGGCUGUGGGCACAACAUUCAAACCCUCGGGAAGGUUCAAAUCUCAGUAAAUUUUGGAAUUGACCUGGGUCUCAGUUUCCCCAUUGGUAAAAAGGAAGGGAUGCUAUUAUUUAGUCAGGUCCUUGACAGCGCUCGAUCCUUUGAGUCUGAGGCCAGCUGAGGGACUCUGGGUAGGCCACUUUCCCCUCUCAGGACCAUGCGAGGAUUAGCAGAAUGUAGCCCUUACAGGUGAUAAAACGGAGGAGGGGCAGGAGAACCGCCCAACCAGCCAGUCUCUAUCUGCUUCUGCCGGUUCUCAUCAGAUGAACCUUUGUCGCCGCCCAGCCUCUCGCUGCCGGUCACGCCCCCUGAAGGAUGCCGCCCCCUGUCGUCUGCAACUUCCCCGGAAGUCGGGUUUUCAGAUGGACCUUGUUAUAGCGUCUCCCGUCCGCGGCAACGGCGGCGGGGAAGAGGGAGGAGGUGGGACUUCCCGUCUCGUGUACAAGUAGCUUCCGGCGCGAGCCGGAAGACCCGGUCCUGAAAGGAAUCAGGGGCUGCCGGUGGGCCCCCCCACCCGCCCCACCUCCCCCGGACGGGCAGGUGAGAUCGGGACUGUCCCGGCGCAUCUAGGACGCCUGGACAAGUUAGCUCAGACCCAGUGAGAAUUCCAGCCAUGGAACCACCUGAUACCACCCUCAUUGAAGGCGUGGGCAAUGAGGUGACAGUGGUGGUGGGUGUGGUGGUGCUGGUGUUGGCCCUCAUAUUGGCCUGGCUCUCCACCUACGUGGCAGAUGCUGGCAGUAGUCAGCUCCUGGGCACCAUUGUGGCAGCUGGUGACACCUCUGUGCUCCGUCUUGGUCACGUGGAACACCUGGUCGGAGGGCCGGGCACCUCGGAACCAGCUGAGCCCACCCAUCUUGAAGAGGGUACUGAGGAGAAAGCUGAGGAGGAAGGGGGGGGGGACUCAGCAGGUGAGCCUGGUGCUGGGGGCGGGGUUGAGCCAGGCCUCGACCACCUGCUUGACAUACAGGGGCUACCCAAUCGGGCUGCUAGUGGUGAGGGCAGCAGACCAGAAGCUUCCCUGAGGUCUGAGGGUAGCACCCACCUUCUCCCUAACACUGACCUCAUCAACGUUCGGCUCAAAUUUCUCAAUGACACAGAGGAGCUGGCUGUGGCCAGGCCUGAGGACACCGUGGGCACCCUGAAAAGCAAAUACUUUCCUGGGCAGGAGAGUCAGAUGAAACUGAUUUACCAAGGCCGCUUGCUGCAGGAUCCAGCUCGAACCCUGCGCUCCCUAAACAUCACUGACAACUGUGUAAUCCAUUGUCAUCGCUCACCCCCAGGACCAGCAACCUCUGGCCCCUCCGCACUGCCCACCUCUCCCACCACGGAGCCGCCAGGGCUCAGCGUCAAUGUGGGCAGCCUCAUGGUGCCUGUAUUUGUGGUGCUGCUGGGCGUAGUCUGGUACUUCCGUAUUAACUAUCGACAGUUCUUCACAGCACCUGCCACUGUUUCUUUGGUAGGAGUCACUGUCUUCUUCAGCUUCCUCGUUUUUGGGAUGUAUGGACGAUAAAGACGCCAUGGGGGUGGGAAGAAUAUCAGUCUUCCUUCCCCUUCCUGUUUCCCUGCCCAGAAUUGGGUGCCAAGGAAUCCAGGGCCAGUGGUGGUUAAAGGGAUGUGGGCCCUCCAUGGGAGAUAGGCACGUGGCCUCUUCCAUGCCCUCAACUCUACCCCCAAGCAGGGUGACCAUGCCCCUUCCCCUGCCCAUUAACAACUCUCAGGUAGAAAUGAGGACUCUUUCCCCACCUCUCAUCCCCUCCCCCAGAUACACAUUCCCCUGAUUGCCCUCCCCUUGGGUGGGCUCUGUGCUGAUGGUCUCACUUGGCAGAGGUACAGGCUCUUAGGACCCUAGAAUAUAGAGGGGGGGCCCCCUGCCAACCACCCCCAUCUCAUUUGUGUGGCACCAACUCUUCACACACUGGAGCCUCUGGCCUGUCCAGCUUCCUGCAUGGCAGCUCUCUAUAUUGGGCAGCCAGCAAGGGGAGCACGGCAGUAUCCACAGCAUGCUUUUGCCAGGGGCAAACAAGGCCCCUGUGCUUAGUCAUCAGCCAAAUUAAGCCUCUUGUUUUUAGGACAAGUCAGUGGUUACUUUAUAAGAUGACCAAAUCUAAUCUGUUUCAUGAAAAGGGGGUGGGCAGAGCCAAGGUAUCUCCCUGGACCAGGUCAUCUUCUCAAUCCCUUGGCCCCUGAAUAGUGGUAGUAGGAUGGUUCUCAUGUUCUGGAAUUUCCAAGGUUCUCCCCUUUUCUAGAGCACUUUGCUUGCCUUUUUUUUUUUUUUUUCUUUUUCUUUUUUUUUUUUUUUUUUAAAUAAAGCCCUUUACAGUUGAGACAGAACUCUGGGAGUCAGAAGUUUGACCCUAGGAUCAAGAAGUACAGGAAUAGGGAUAGGAUUGCUACUGCCUCAAAUCCAAGGCCAGGACACCAUGAAGAAAUGUCUGCACUAUCAUGCCCUCUAUGAUUAAAAAAACUUUGCCCUUGUGGCAUGGAGACUUAUGCCCCUGUGGCUCCUGACUCAAUGGCCACUGCCUGUGAUUGAAUAAAGUUUUACUUUUGUGGCCAGUCCUGGUCACUCGAA